AUGCACACUCCCGAGAAGCGCCGCGGCGGGAGCCAUGUUCUGCGCACCGGCCCAGCGCACUCCUCCGGGAGACAUGGUACAGGCGGCGCCGGCAGCAGUGCCAACAACGCGAGCAGCGGCACCGGCAGCGGCAACCUGCCGGCCUUGCCGCCACGAGCGGCCAUGGUAAACAGCAACGUGGCCACGGCCGACGACGCACAAGAAGUUGCCAACAACGGGGGCGGGCCGUCCGGCGGCGGCGGCAGCGGCUCAGGCGGCGGCGUGUCUCUGUCUGAUCGCCGCGACAAGGACAAAGACAAAGACAAGGACGGCGGCGGCGGCGGGCGGCCCAACUCGAGCACCGGGCACUACGGCGGUCGCGGGGGCUCCGACAAGCACGCGCGCGACGCGGCGAACCUCCACCGCGAGCAGCUGCGGGAGCGCGACGAGAAGAUCGCAGCGCUCGAGGCGGAGAUGGCGCUCAUGGAGAGCGAGUUCCACCGGGAGCUGGACAAGCUGUCCCAAAACGAAAGCGAGACGGCGACGUUCUGGCAGGCCAAGCACAGCGCGCUGAACCAGCAGUUCCUGCGGACCGACACGGAGCUGCGGCUGCUGCGGGCCGAGGUGGACGUGCGCGAGGCGGAGCGCGCGGAGCUGCGCCAGGGCUGGGAGGUGCUGCGGCGUGAGCUGCGCGAGCGCGACGAGGAGGUGCGCAGCCUGCGCGGCCAGAUCCGCGGCCUCAAGGAGUUUGUGAGCACGAGCACCCGCACGGGGUCGCAGACGAGCGACGAGGUGUUUGGCGACGGCAUGGCGCGCCUCGGCAACGGGCUGCAGAACUGGGUCAUAAUGCACUUUCGAAAGGCCAAGCUGGACUUGACCAAGGUGGACGAGGCGACGCUUGCCGAACUGAGCGAGCUAGUGCCCAUGUACGAGGACCUGGUUCUCACCUCCAAAGUCCACCUCCUGCAGUCUCUCGUGUCGAGAAUCCUCGUCGAGAUGGUCUUUGACGCCUACUUUGUGGGGCUGUCGACGGAGCAAACGCGGUCCUUUCGGCAGAUGGAGGAUCUGCUCUGCUCGUUCUCCGCCUCCGACGAGGCCGUCAACCAGUGGCGCUCGUCCACGCUCGCCCUCCUGCGCCGCGACCCCCACCAGAUGCUGCACGACGAGACGAGCAGCUUCGUCGAGGCCGUCAUUGCGCGCGUGAACCGCCUUCUGGACGCCAUUGCCCCCAGUGGUCCGCCCUCAGAACCCAAUAACCCUUCCCCCUCCGCCACCGGCAGCUCACCCGGUGUCAGCAACAGCAACACUACCAACAACAACAGUAAACCAUCAUCAUCAUCGUCCUCGGCCCGCGACUCGGCCCUCCGCGUCCUCGUUAACAACUCGGUCGAGCUCGCGCGGCUGCUCGUGGUGCAAAAGGCGGUGCUGCGCGUGCACAUGCCCGUCGUGCUGCCGCACCAGCGCGUCCUGUUCGAGCCCGAGACCAUGGAGGACGUGGGCGGCGAGGACGAGGACGCGCUCGCCCGCAGGGAGAUUUGGUGCGUCGUCUUCCCCGGUGUCAUCAAGCACGGCGACGAGAACGGCGGGCAGAUGCAGUUCCGCAACGUCAUUGCCAAGGCGAGGGUGCUGUGCAGCCCCGAGGAGUGA